ACCCACUUCAGCCCGGGCUGCAGACGCGCGGUGGACGCUUUGGCCGGCUGAGGGUGAAGACACUAGAGCCGAGGUCGCGUAUAACGAUCUGCGACGCAAGCCUGACACCAUGGCUGACAGCCGGGAUCCAGCCAGCGACCAGAUGAAGUUUUGGAAGGAGCAGCGGACCACGCAGAAACCUGAUGUCCUCACCACUGGGGCCGGUCAUCCCAUAGGAGACAAACUGAAUAUCAUGACGCUGGGGCCCCGGGGGCCCCUUCUGGUUCAGGAUGUGGUUUUCACUGAUGAAAUGGCUCACUUCGACCGGGAGAGAAUUCCUGAGAGAGUCGUGCAUGCUAAAGGGGCAGGGGCUUUUGGCUACUUUGAGGUCACCCAUGACAUUACCAAAUACUGCAAGGCAAAGGUGUUUGAGCAUGUUGGAAAGAGGACUCCGAUUGCAGUUCGAUUCUCCACGGUUGCUGGAGAAUCGGGCUCAGCCGACACAGUUCGUGACCCUCGUGGGUUUGCAGUGAAAUUUUACACAGAGGAUGGUAAUUGGGAUCUUGUGGGGAAUAACACCCCCAUUUUCUUCAUCAGGGAUGCCAUAUUGUUUCCAUCCUUCGUUCACAGCCAGAAGAGAAACCCUCAAACACACCUGAAGGACCCAGAUAUGGUCUGGGACUUCUGGAGCCUCCGUCCCGAGUCUCUGCAUCAGGUUUCCUUCUUAUUCAGUGAUCGGGGGAUUCCAGAUGGACACAGGCACAUGAACGGAUAUGGAUCGCAUACCUUCAAGCUGGUUAACAUGAAUGGGGAGGCCGUUUAUUGCAAAUUCCAUUAUAAGACUGACCAGGGCAUCAAAAACCUUUCGGUGGAAGAUGCAGCAAGACUUUCCCAGGAGGAUCCUGACUAUGGCCUCCGGGAUCUUUUUAAUGCCAUUGCCACGAGCAACUACCCCUCCUGGACUUUCUACAUCCAGGUCAUGACAUUCAGUCAGGCGGAAACUUUUCCAUUUAAUCCAUUUGAUGUUACCAAGGUUUGGCCUCACAAGGACUACCCUCUUAUCCCAGUUGGUAAACUGGUCUUAAAUCGGAAUCCAGUGAAUUACUUUGCUGAGGUUGAACAGCUGGCCUUUGACCCAAGCAACAUGCCUCCUGGCAUUGAGCCCAGCCCUGACAAAAUGCUUCAGGGCCGCCUUUUCUCCUAUCCCGACACUCACCGCCACCGCCUGGGACCCAACUACCUUCAAAUACCCGUCAACUGCCCCUUCCGGGCGAGACUGGCCCACUACCAGCGCGACGGCCCCAUGUGCGUUCUCGACAACCAGGGCGGAGCUCCCAACUACUACCCCAACAGCUUCAGCGCCCCUGAGCACCAGAGGUACUCCCUGGAGCACAGCACCAAGCAGUCCGGGGAAGUGCGGCGCUACAACAGUGCGGACGACGACAAUGUCACGCAGGUGCGGACGUUCUACGAGAGCGUCCUGAAUGAAGAGGAGAGGAAGCGCUUGUGUGAGAACAUCGCAGGCCAUCUGAAAGACGCGCAGCUCUUCAUUCAGAGGAAAGCGGUCAAGAACUUCAGUGACGUCCACCCUGAGUAUGGGGCCCGCAUCCAGGCUCUGCUGGACAAGUACAACGCCGAGAAACCUAAGAAUUCGAUCCACACCUUUGUGCGGCAUGGGUCUCACUUGGCUGCAAGGGAGAAAGCUAAUCUGUGAGGGGCGAGCCCUGGUCUGAUGCCAAGUUGUUCCCCGCCUGUGAAGCAAAGCAUGGUAUUCACACCCGUAAUCCUCACCGCUGGACAGAAGAUUCUCCUAGGCUAGAUGAGCAAAUGCAAGUCUUUAAAAAUAGUAAUCCAGGUUUCUAUAACAAAUAAUGCAACAAUGGCUUUUAAUGCUAUUUCCCUAGGGGAAAUGAAGGUAAGGGCGUAACAAUCAUUUAAAAGAAACAUGUAUUUGCUUUUGACAAUGGGUUGGAUUAUUUGCUUACAAUGACUAGAAUGACAGUCUCUAGCAGCAAUAUAAUUUUAUUUGAUAAGAAAAAAAUCUUGGUGACAAUAUGUUUACAUAUCAUCUCAUGGCCUAUUAUAUAAAAAUAUGAUUGUAAUUAUAUGUGAAGAAAAGAUCAAGAUAAUCCACUUAGAAAUUUAAUUUUUCUAAGUUUUCUAUCAGAGAAACACACGUAAUGCCUUAAUGUCUUUUGAAAAUAACUUCAAUACCAUCAUGGUUUAAUGCUUAUUUCUUCUUGGAACUGAUCAGAUAAUAAACAAAGCAACAACUUGGAAUUACAUGUAUGGUGAUACAACAUUGAUUUUACAAUAGAAUGAUUUGUAAUUGUUACCUUUUUACAAUAAAAUAAUCUGUACAUAA